CGUUUCUUUUUAUUUUAACGGAUAAACACACUAGAGCAUUUGCGAAGAGCGGACAUCCCAUAUCCUCAACAGAGCAACAAUGGCGAUUUCAUCUCCAUAUCUCUUCCCAAUAUGCAAUUUCUCCGCCAUUGCAGCUAAACCAAAACUCUCUUUUCUUUCUAUGCCAUCAAAUUCUUGUAAGUUCCAGCCCAUCAAACCCUUCCAACUCUCGACAUCAAGAAUCCUUGCUGCCGCUGAUGUCUUGGACUCCUCCGCUACUGAUACCGAGGACGAAUUUUCUGCUACUUCAUUACCAGAUGUCAGCUUUGACUCUGAUAAGUAUGUAUUCUGAUUAAGUGAUGAUAGCAGUUGGAAAACAAAAAAACACUUUUGAAGAACAUUACACGCCUUGGAUGGAUUCUUCUUUACCAUCUUCCAACCAGGACUGAAGCUAGAUGUGAGGCUGGGAUUAAGUUGUAUUCUUAGUGUGAUAUAUUUUGAUAUAAUCUGUUAAACUUGGGUUACUCCCUUGUCCCUCUAGUAAGUUUUUAGUAUGGAAGCUCAAGUCCGAAUUUGGUAUUUUAUAGCCUAUUACGUUCAAAUGAAUAAUUCAGUCCGAUAACCCAAAAGGAGCACAUAUAUGAUCUUGAGAUACUCCAAGGACAAUGUAUGAUAUAUCUCACUCUCUUUAUUAUUACUAUUGUUGUUGUUGUUGCCGUUAAUUGAUUAUGCCAUCAAACUUAAUAGUGGUAAUGGAGAAUCUAUGUACUCAGGUGGCACCAAAACAGAAGAUUAGGAUCAAAUUGAAAUCAUACUGGGUGCCUUUGAUAGAAGACUCUUGCAAGCAGAUAAUGGAUGCUGCGAGGACAACGAAUGCAAAGACCAUGGGUCCCAUACCGCUGCCGACCAAGAAGAGAGUACAUUGUGUGCUUAAAUCCCCACAUGUGCACAAAGAUGCCAGGUUCCAUUUUGAGAUUAGAACACAUCAGCGCCUCAUUGACAUUCUUUACCCAACUGCCCAAACGAUUGACUCCUUGAUGCAGCUAGACCUUCCUGCUGGAGUUGAUGUGGAGGUCAAGCUAUGAAAAAUUCAGGGUCUCUCCUUCGUUAACUCAUCAGUAACCUUAUUAUUUCUUUACAGUUCUGCUUUUUGAAAUCUGAAUAGAAUCAGUGCUGAACAAACAUCUACUUGCCGGAGGAAAUGAUUGACACAAUCUUUUUGUCAAAGUUUGAAUGUCAUCUAUCAUUCAUCAUUGUGCACUAUAGAGUGUUUCUCCUUUUCAUAAAUAUACUUCCUCUGUUCGAUUUUAAAUGCAACCCUUCAAAUUGGC